AUGGUAACAGCAGGAGAAAAUAUGAGAGGCUGGCUGAGUGGUAGUUUUGGCUUUUCAUAUCCUCAAUUUGCAGCUCAACCGCAUAAAACACCACUCCAGUCUACGAAAACCAUGAAUUUCACUUCUCUAUUCAGAAUAGACGGCUUUGCACUGCCAUUGAAAGAAUUGUAUCGUUUGACUCAACCACAAUCUAAACCCUUCAACAAACCAAAUAAGUCGAGUAGAGUGUUUCGUUAUACACUCAUUCAUUAA